AUGGAGGAAAGAGCUGGUCACCAAGAUCAGGAGAGACGCAGCACUCACCUGGAAAAGCUACAACACUGGGCAAAGCACAGGCAGAGUGGGACCCUCUUGGUGCUGGCGGUGAGCCAAAUAUGGCUGGCAAUCGCUGUGGUACCCUUUGCUGUCUCAGUAGCCUGCUUGAAAUCUGCUUGUCACAUGACCACAGCACUACCACUUGGACCUGGAGCCUUGGAUCUCCUCACUGGAAUUGUUACCCUUGAGCUGCGCAGAGUGCCCCGACUCUGGAAGAUGCAGGGCUUGCUGGUGCUAGAACUCAGUGCUGAGGCCUUCACCCUAGGGGGAGCCCUGGUCUCAGCAUACUCGCUAUUCCUUCUGAGCCAGAGAAAGCCAGGAUGCUGCAGAAGCCAGAGUCUUCACUACCAGGAACUGCAGGAGGGUUUCUCUGAGUUCGUGGAACUUCCUAGUUUGGAGAAUGGACCCACCGGGGAUAGCACAGCAAAUGGAACAAAUGAGUGAGCUGGCCAGGGGAAGACAGGUGCUGCUCUCCUGUUCUGCAAGGAUGCUCUCUCCAGACCUCCUGCACCCACCUCAUCUAACUGAAGCUAGAUGGUGCGGAACCCCGAGGCCAACAUGAAGCCCGGUGAUGUGCCUUCAAUUUU